GCGUAGGAGUGUCGGUCGGAUUCAUGUCAUAUGUUGAUGUGUUGGCAUGUGCUUUUAUUUAAUGUCGCGUCGUUUUCAGUGAAUCAUUUUGUUGUUAUCUCAUUCUUUUGUGUAAAUUAAAUGGCGUGGUUUGGUGAAAGUUUGUCGUCAUUAACUGGACAUUUACAAAACUUGACAAAAGAGGUGCUGUCAGAAGCAAGUGAUGAAUCGAAAGGUGCUACUGGAGAUUUGAAAGCUGCAAAUGAAAAAUUGGAGGAGCUAGAAGCAUUAUGUACAACUCAAGAUUUGGAGAUCUGCGCGCUCAAGAAGCAGAACGCGGAGCUGCGGAGGCGCUUGGAGGAGGCCGGGUGCGCGGAG